UUUACACCUCAGCCUCUCAUUCCCUCGCUAUAUAAAGGCAGAGCAGCUAACCCAUAUCAUACUGAGAGGGGCUCAGCGUUGUGCAGGGAAGAAAAUCAUCGGCAAACAAAAUGCAGUUUCCUAUAACUUUGAUCCUCUUUUGCAUUAUGGCAUCUGUCUCCUACGGAGUAUUUAGCUCUCAGCUAAGAGUUCAGAGAUCAGCUGUGGAUUGCCCACAAGAUUCUGCUGUUUGCCCCAAAAUUACCUGUGACUCUAAAGCCUUGGGAUUCUGUGUUGACAAACAGGAGCUCCUAAAUUUGAAAGUUGACAUUAACAGUGUUCACCUGAUGGACAGAAGAUGCCAAGGCAAAGUUGAUAAUGACAAAGUGUGCAUAGACUGGGCCACAGGAGAGAAUGUGUGCGGCACCUGGCUAGAACUAACCAAUACACAUGUCAUAUAUAAAAAUAUUGUAUUUUUGCCACCGGAUCCCGCCUAUGUCAUCUAUCGAGAGGAGUAUCGUUACAAUGUCUCCUGCUCAUACCCUUUGGAUCUGAUCACAUCCCUUAGCACGGUCUUGUACCCCAUCAUUGUAAUCAUCAGUAUUCCUGUUGAUGGGUAUGGGGAAUUCCAAGUGGGGAUGGCUGUUUACAAAGAUGCCUUCCAAACAGUUCACAAUACUGAUGUUGUUUUGUCAACACAUGAAAUGUUAUAUGUUGAAGUCUCUAUUUACAAUGACAAUAAUGAUGAAUUUAAGUUGGUAAUGAAAAAUUGUUAUGCUACACCAAGAGACAAUGCAAAUGAUUUUGUGAAAUACUAUAUAAUCAAGGAUGGAUGCGCUAAUACAAACGAUAAGACCAUCCGUAUUCAUAAAAAUGGAGAAUCAAGCAAAGGGCAAUUUGAAGUACAAAUGUUCAAGUUCAUUGGGGAUUACUCCAGAGUUUAUUUACACUGUGAAGUGUAUCUAUGUCACAAAACCAAAUCAUGCAAGCCUGACUGCACUGGAACUAGGGCCCUCAAUGAACUUCCAGAGGCGAUUGGUUCUUUGAGGCUUGGACCCAUAGACCGUUCAGGUAGAAAUAUGUUUAAUUCAUCUGCUUUAUUAAUAAUGUACUUAUAA